CAAUAUUCGCUUUGGUAGGUUACUUUCUCAUUUUGUAUAUACAGGUUGUUUAAAGUAUUUCUACGCCAUUAUGGAAACUAUUUUCCGUUUCUCGUUAUCUUUAUUAUGCCUGAUUGUGUCAGUAUCGUCGCAAACUUAUUAUCUCUGCAAUGGAAUUUAUUACACCUAUGCAUAUUCAGGUUGUACAUAUCCAUCCUUAACGUCCACCAGUACGACGAGCAUCCUGUACUCUUGCAAUGGCGCCAUCUCCACCAUCCCUAGUAGUGCCUGUACGUACCAAUCUGCUCCCAUCAACGGCGUCUACUACGGCACACCGACGACAACAACCACCGCCACCCUCUUUUCGUGCAACGGCGUCAUCAGCACUACCGCGAGCACGGCCUGUACAUAUAACACGGCCCCGGUGAACGGGAUCUACUACGGAACGUCCACCACCACUACAACCACUGGGAUCUAUUAUUCUUGCAACGGUGCAAUCAGUACCGUGCCCAGUAGUGCGUGUACGUACAACACAGCCCCGGUGAACGGGAUUUACUACGGUACUUCCACCACCACCAGCACGUCCAAUGUGCAGUAUCUGUGUAACGGCGUGUACUACAGUUAUGCCUAUGCCGGAUGUACGUAUCCGUCCUUAACCAACAGUUUCACCAAUACCUUGACCAAUUUCAACACGGCAAACCCGACGUAUUAUCUGUGCAAUGGAGUGUACUAUACCUAUGCGUAUCCGGGAUGCACCUACCCGACCGGCUAAUUGCCGCUACUACUUCUGACUGACCACCGUCUUACAAGUUCUUCUCUGCAUUUCUCAUAGUUCGUUUACCAUCGGUGUUUGCUUCUGUGGAUGCUCCAAAGACCAAAGUGUACCAUUCUGUCAAAAUUUAAUGUACUAAAAAACAGUACCCUAAAUUUAAUAGAACCGGAUGUAUCGUAUUGUAAAUACGUCGUUCGGAUGGAUAAAAAAAUAUUUGAU